ACAGGGGGGGAAGGAGGAAGUGGGGCGGCCCGCGGGGCUCCGCCGCCGCCGCUCCGGUAGUCGCGGUGCUCGGCCGGCGGCUGCUGGCGGGGGGAGUCCUUUCCGCAACGCGUGGGCCGAACGCUCUCGAGGGCGGACCUGCGCCCCGGUACCGCCGCUGAAGGGAAGCAGGCAGGGAGCGGGGGAGCCCCCCGCCGGGCCGCGGCGCCUCGCCGGGGAAGUUUGGUGCAGGGCGAGAUCCCGCCGGCCGCGGCAGUGGCGCCGGGUAUGAACGGCUUCGCCCCCGAGGAGGUGACCCAGCGCGGCGCAGAGCCCGCCGCCGCGGCGGUGGUGGGCAAUGCGGGCUCCGCCGUGGAGGUGCCGCCGCCGCCGGCGCCGCCGGGGCUGGGUCCGGCCGCCGCCGCGGGCUCGGCGGGCGGCGGGUGCGCGGGUGGCCCCGGGGCCGGGCAGCUGUGCUGCCUGCGGGAGGAGGGGGAACGAUGCGGCCGCGCCGCCGGCAACGCCAGCUUCAGCAAGCGCAUCCAGAAGAGCAUUUCGCAGAAGAAGGUGAAGAUCGAGCUGGACAAGAGCGCAAGACAUCUGUACAUUUGUGACUUCCACAAAAAUUUAAUUCAGAGUGUGAGAAAUAGAAGAAAGAGGAAAGGCAGCGAUGAUGAUGGUGACUCACCAGUGCAAGACAUCGACACUCCAGAGGUUGAUUUAUAUCAGUUACAAGUAAACACACUUCGAAGGUACAAAAGACACUUCAAGCUACAGACGAGACCAGGACUUAACAAAGCACAGCUUGUUGAAAUAAUUGGCUGCCAUUUUAGGACAAUUCCAGUGAAUGAAAAGGACACCUUAACAUACUUCAUCUACUCGGUGAAGAAUGACAAGAACAAACCAGAUCUAAAGAUGGAUAGUGGGGUUCAUUAGGCAGAAAAGUUUGGGACUGAGACUCAGGCUGCAAAUCAAAAGACUGCAUAUUUGUCGAUAUGCAAAAGCUUUCUUUGUAACUUUUCUCCUGAGAGAGUUUGUCUGUUUUAUUUUUCAUAACCUUGCUGAUUUGUUUGAAAACCAUCUCUUAUGAAACAAAUUUCCUCAGCAAAAGUAUUUUAAAUAAAUAUUACUGAUAUUGUUGCUCAAAUGGGUGUGUCUGUAAUUUUAAUGAGUUGGACUCAGUGAUCCUGAUGGGUCUCGUCCAGCUCAGCAUAUUCUAUGAUUCUAUGAUACUUCUACCUAAUAGCUAAGCUUUGGUGAGCUAUGUAAUAAUAUUAAAAUAUUUUUCAAUUAAAAUGUGCCAAGGAUAUAUUUACAAAUGUACCUCAAGUGCUCAUGAUGCAAUGCCUUUAAAAGAAAAAGCUGUAGCAGUCUUGGCAAUAGGUUCUUUUUCCUAAGAUAGAAGGCUUGAAGUGUCUGUUCUGUUCUUAGCUGGGCAGAAAUGUCUGAAUAACACUUUCCCCCCCCCCCUUUGGAAACAAGAACUGGAAGAUUUUCUGAUUUAUUCAUUUUGUCAUUGUGGAGAUCCAUGCUUCCAAGCACUGAGGCCUUCCUGCUCCUGUAUUAAAAUGGAAAAAAGUGCAGCUCUUGAAUUUCAAAGCUGUAAGUACAGAUGAAGAGGCUGCUGCAGCUUACUGUCCUGAGAAAUCCUUCGACUCGGUAAGAAAUCCUUUACCUGCUGACUUCUCCAUUUGUCUGCGUGGACUGCUGCUAAGAACUUAAUUGGAGAAUGGGAGUGGAGCCUGUGUGGAGUCAAUACAGUCUCUUCUGACAGGCACACUGUCUCUUUUUCAUUGCAUGGAUUAGCUCAGGCCUGUUCAAAAGGAGCAACCCCCUCUCAAUAAACCCAAAACUAAUGGUAACUUAUGGAGAAUAAUAUCCAGCAUUACUUAGGCUUUUAAUUGAUUGUCUUAGAAAAUUCUGAUGUUGAAGAUGGUAUUAUGAAUGACUUCUUGUAUUGUCAGCUAUUGUGCCAGUCUAAAUGUGUGGUGUAUGGAUUAUGAUUUCUUUCUGCUUAAAGCUGUGCACAUAGGAUGAAUAAAAAGCUGAGGGAAAAUAGCUUUCAUCUCAAAGCUGAGGAGGAUAUGG